UCCUCUCCCCUGCCUCGUCUUUAAUCUUUAAACAACAGAAGCACGCAGCAGAAAGAGGAGUGAGUGAAGGUGGACGGAGGGAUGGACGGCGAAGGAGUGUUUCCUGUUUCCCUCCGUCUGCAAUGUGAAGAAGAAAAUAAGCUGUUGUUGACUUUCUCUUCAUCCGUUUAACUUCCUUUCCACCCAGUGAUCUACUUUCAGCCUCCCUCUCUGUCCUCACCCUCCUCCCUCUGCCUCAGCGUUCAUUCAGCAGCUCAAAGAGCGUCACACACACACACACACACACACACACACACACACACACACUCGGCAGUGACUCUCAGACAGUGAAUAUUAGCCGUCUGACCAGCAGCUGUUUCUGGUCGCUGUGCAGAGCUCCACUCUGCAGCAGCCUGCCGCUCUUUGCUAUGUGUUUUCAGGGAUCAGAGGACAGCGUGUGAUCUGUGGAUGUUCAUUUCUCUGGGAGGACUUUAACUCGCCACCGCUCGUCUUCCUCAUUUCCUCUUUUUUUUUUUUUUUUUUGUUCAUGAUUAUAGCGCUCUGUCCCUCUCCCUCUUUUCCUUCCAUUUCCCUCUCUCUGUCAUUCUCUCAGCGCUUCGUUCUAAUUUUGGAAGCAUGGAACCUCGGGGAGCACUCUCCCAAAGCUAUUUACGUCCUCGCCUCUCCUCCUCUUCCUCCUCCUCCUCCUCCUCCUCCUCCUCCUCUCCUCUCCCUCUCCAGGAGGAGAACAGCAUGAGGAUCCUUUGAUGCAAGCGAGCAGGGGAAUUCUGCUUCUCCUCUCUGUAUUUGUGUUGUGUUGUUAGCUGCGGGUGGUGGUGGUGGAGAGGUUGCAGCGAGCGAUCGCUCCUCAGCAUAUGGAAAUGCACAGGCUGAACACGGCGAUGUGAUUUCAUCAAUUACCUCCUGGUCUCCGUCUUCGCUCGUCCAGUUUGUUUGUGAAAGAGUCAGAGAGGUGUUCAGUGCACCAGAGGAAACUUUUUUCUUCCAUCUGCAGCAGAGCGCUCUGCGUGGAUCAGGACUCCAGGUGAUGGAGGCGACCGACCACAGAGUCACAUUUCAGGUCACUGCAAAGUCUGGAUUUCCUAAAUUUGACUCCUAAAGCUGUACGUCUUUUUUGAGUUUGAUUCCUGAAGCCGAGCAGAGGGGGAGAUUUGUGCAAGCUGCAUCUGAGCCAUCUGAACAUUAGAGGAGAAGAUUUUGUCCCAAGUGUCAGUGACUGGUCAUCGCAGCACAAACGGAGCAGCCAAACAGCGGACGCUCCGGGAAAAGGUAGAAGGUCCCUGCAAGAAUCUGCAGCUGAAACAGGAUAUCUCUGCUGGAUUACACAAUAAAAGCACAGAGGAGUUUUCUGCAUUUUCUCUUUGAUGGAAUUUAUGAUCAUUUUUUAAUCAGUUUAAAGAACAGAAGCACAGAAAAGCUUUUAAAGUUGAAGAGCAUCUUUCAGUGUCUGCCCCCCCCCACACCUGUCCUCGGCAACUUGAAUCCUAAACUGAGCCAUGCUGACAUCGGGGGAGAAGAACUGACUGGUGUCUGUUUGUGACAAAAGAGAGCGCUGCCUCUUGUCUUGGCAUGCUGUUGCAUCCCACAGUGUCAGGAUUGUGCGCCAUGUUGCAGACCAUCUAUGAGACUGAGUCCUGUUUCUCCUCCACCAGCACAGACAGCCACCACCAGCCUCUGGAGCUCCUGAGCGGCAACAGGGGCUCCAGCACCGCCAUGCCCACCGCCGUGGAGGUGAAGAGCAGCCUCCCGUCGGGGAUGCAGAGUCCCGUAGGAACAGCCAGCGAGCAGCGAGGAGGAGGCGGGGAAGGAGGUGGGGGUCCAGGUGAAGGCCCAGGAGGAGGAGGUGGAGGAGGAGGCCCAGUAGAUCUGCGGACUGAGCCCAGGGUGGGCUCUCUGUCUGCAGGGGUGGCAGCGGUGGACACAGCCAUGAGGGAGCAGCAGCUCCAGCAGGAGCUCGUUCUGCUCAAACAGCAGCAGGAGCUCCAGAAACAGCUGCUGUUCGCCGAGUUCCAGAAGAAGCACGAAGUGCUGACAAGACAGCACGAAGUCCAGCUGCAGGAGCACCUGAAGGUAGGCCGACAGGUGUCCGCUCACCGUACCUGGCUUCAGCUUCCUGCGCUGGUGGUCAGCUCGGUAACAUGUGUGUGUUUGAAGCAACAACAGGAGCUGCUGGCGGCGAAGAGGCAGCAGGAGCUGGAGCAGAAGAGGAAACUGGAGCAACAGAGACAUGAGGAGCAGGAGAAACAUCGACUGGAGCAACAGCUGCUGCUGCUGAGGAACAAGGAGAAAGGCAAAGAGAGUGCCAUCGCCAGUACAGAGGUGAAGCUGAAGCUGCAGGAGUUCCUCCUCAAUAAGAAAGAGCCCGGCAUCGGCGGACUGAACCAUUCCUUCUCCCCAAAGUGCUGGGGUGCCCAGCACACCUCCCUGGAGCAGGGCUCUCCUCCGCAGAGUAACACCCCAGGAACUCCUCCCUCCUACAAACUGCCCCCACUGCUGGGGAACUACGAGGGCAAAGACGACUUCCCGCUCCGCAAGACAGUCUCAGAGCCCAACCUGAAGGUGCGAUCACGGUUGAAGCAGAAGGUGGCGGAGAGGCGGAGCUCCCCACUCCUCCGCAGGAAGGACGGGACCGUCAUCAGCACCUUUAAGAAGAGAGCCAUAGAGAUAUCAGUCUCGUCUCUGUGUAACAGUGCUCCAGGUUCAGGUCCCAGCAGUCCCAACAGCUCCAACACGGCUAUUGCCAACGGCAACACGGGGUCGGUCCCCAACAUACAGACUGAGCUGAGGUCUCUGCACCAGACGCUGGGGGCUGAUGGGACAUUGAGUCCUCUGAAUCUCUACACCUCGCCCUCGCUGCCCAACAUCUCCCUGGGCCUCCCAGCCAACACACACAUCACGCCCCCUCAGAAGCUGUCCACCCAGCAGGAGGCCGAGCGUCAAGCUAUCCAAUCACUGCGAGGGGGCGGAGCUCUAACAGGGAAGUUCCUCUCCACGUCCUCCCUACCUGCAGGGGUGGGGCAUGAGGUGGAGACUCCGCCCCCCAGCUCUCACUCCGCCCAUUCCUCAUUAUUACAACAUGUUCUACUGCUGGAGCAGGCCCGACAGCAGACAGCCAUGCUCGCUGUCCCCAUGUACAGCCAGUCGCCGCUGGUUACGGCAGAGAGAGGCGUGUCCGGCGGCAUGCGGGCGGUCAACAAGUUACCUCGCCAUCGGCCGCUGGCUCGGACCCAGAGUGCACCUCUGCCGCAGUCGCCGCAGGCGCUGCAGCAGCUGGUGGUGCAGCAGCAGCACCAACACUUCCUGGAGAAACACUACAAGAUGCUGUCGAAGGGGACGGAGCUUCCCAGGCCGCCGCCCACCCACCCAGAGGAGACAGAGGAGGAGCUGACAGAGACCAAUGACAUGCAGGAGGACGAUGAGGGGGCGGGGCUCCACAGGCUCCAGAAGGAGGGAUCAGACGACAGCACGCCGUCCUCCGAGCAGCUCGCCGUGCACCUGAAGGGCGAGGAGGAGCACGGGAGCAUGCACGUGAAAGGGGAGAGCACGGAGAGCGAGCUGGACGAAGAGGAAGAGGAGGAUGACGUGGUCCAGCUGAGGGAGGGGGAUGAAGAGGAGAGGGGGAGCUACUCACAGGCCUUGCAGCAGCUGGGUGUGUUCCAGUCCUCGCUGCCCCACAGACCUCUGGGACGAGCGCAGUCCUCCCCCGCCACGGCUACCGUCAAUCCCAUCAAACACCUCUUCACCACCGGGCUCGUCUACGACAGUCUGAUGUUGAAGCAUCAGUGUGUUUGUGGCAACGCUCACAUCCACCCGGAGCAUGCUGGGAGAGUGCAGAGCAUCUGGUCCAGACUGCAGGAGACGGGCCUACUGGGCCGCUGCGAGAGGAUUCGGGGGCGUAAGGCGUCUCUGGAUGAGAUCCAGUCGGUCCAUUCAGAGUUCCACACUCUGCUGUACGGAACCAGUCCGCUCAACAGACACAAGCUGGACCACAAGAAGCUGCUGGGUCCAAUCAGCCAGAAGAUGUACGCUGUUCUUCCCUGUGGAGGAAUCGGGGUGGACAGUGACACCGUGUGGAAUGAGAUGCACUCGUCAGCGGCGGUCCGCAUGGCAGUCGGCUCUGUCAUCGAGCUGGCCUUCAGAGUGGCUGCAGGCGAGCUGAAGAACGGCUUCGCUGUGGUUCGUCCACCAGGUCACCACGCUGAGGAGUCCACCGCCAUGGGGUUCUGUUUCUUUAAUUCAGUCGCCAUCACUGCCAAACUGCUGCAACAGAAACUGGGAGUGGGCAAGAUCCUCAUCGUGGACUGGGACAUUCAUCAUGGCAACGGCACCCAGCAGGCCUUCUACAGCGACCCCAACGUCCUCUACAUCUCCCUCCAUCGCUAUGACGACGGGAACUUCUUCCCUGGCAGCGGAGCUCCUGAGGAGGUGGGCUCAGGUGCAGGUGUUGGUUUCAAUGUGAACAUCGCGUGGACUGGAGGAGUGGAGCCACCUAUGGGUGAUGUGGAGUACCUCACUGCCUUCAGGACCAUAGUGAUGCCUGUCGCCCAGCAGUUCAGUCCAGACGUGGUCCUGGUGUCUGCGGGCUUCGACGCCGUGGAGGGUCAUCAGUCUCCUCUGGGAGGAUACAACGUCUCCGCCAAGUGUUUCAGUCAGCUGACGCAGCUGCUGAUGGGUCUGGCGGGCGGGCGCGUUGUCAUGGCGCUGGAGGGAGGUCAUGACCUCACAGCCAUCUGUGACGCAUCAGAGGCCUGCGUCUCUGCGCUCCUGGGAGACCCGUGUGACGCUGUGUUUCAGUGGCCGCAGGAGAAGCCGUGUCCCAAAGCUCGGGCCUCGUUAGAGAGAGUCAUCGAGAUCCAGAGUAAACACUGGUCCUGUCUCCAGACUUUGUCCCAGACGAGCGGACAGUCACUGUUGGACGACCCCAUCAGCGCUCAGGGCCAAUCAGAGAAGGAGGAGGCGGAGACAGUCAGUGCCAUGGCGUCCCUCAGUGUUGAUGUCGAGCCGCCGGGCGCAGAUCCUGACGACACAGAAACCAGCAGGUCCACGGAGGAGCCGAUGGAGGAGGAGCCUGUGUUGUAGGAGGAGCUUUAACCAGAACCACACAAGAACUCCACAUUCACCUCCUGCUGGCACCUCCUCUUCCUCGUCCUUUUCCUCUUCCUCCGUGUGUUCACACACACACACACACACACACACACACACAAACGCAGAGUGGAGGUGUGCCGCUGUGGAGGACUCUGAUUGGCUGAGGAGGACAUUAUGGAGGCAGGAGGAGGCGGGGACUGUGACAAACACAGAGACGCAUCUCUUUUCUACUCGACCCGAGGAGGAGCGGACGACUUGUUGGCAUCUCCAUGGAAACCAGAGGAGGAAGGGUCAUACGUCAGCACCUGUACACAGCUUCAUCACACACCUGUCUGUCCCGACUCCUCUGUUUCCACAGCGGGACGAUGACCCAUCAAAAUACCAGACGCAAAGUGGACGACUUGUCCUCUUGUCUGUCUGUGCGUCCGUCUGUCAGAGACAGGCCGAGCGAGGAGUUUGACAAUGAACAGAGGAGGAGGAGGAGGAACUAGGUGCCUUUUUUUAACGAAAAACAAAACCGUCCGAUCCACAAAACGCCACCGCCGCAGCACCUCAGCAACCAACCAGCCAAUCAGGACUGAAGAAACACACUGAUGUGCACACACACACACACACACACACUGCUGUCGGUCAGUUCAUCUUUGAGUCUUUGUUUCUUCGUCUGGAUGCCUUAAUUUGUUCUCAUGUCACUCGUCAGCGCCCCGACAGAUACGGCGAGGGGAGAACCGCCAUGUAACCACACAUCCAUCAAAGCUCCUCCCAUCAGACUUUAAAGCCAUCAGAACACGCCGGGACGUCCCGCAAAGUCUCCGCUGAAUAUGAACGUCACUUUAAUAAUGAUAUUCAGCCAGACUCUGUGGGCGCUGGCGCGAGUGUCUCAGGAUCAGGCCCGUCUCAGCGUCUUCAUCACGUCAACCAACCCUCCGUCACUCCUCUCACUCACUCACUCAGUCAUGUGACCUGAGCCCCGCCCCUUCCUGUAAAGGGGAUUGUGGGAUUGUGGCACGUUUUUGAAACACCACAGCGACCACCACGUCCCUCCUUCCUUUCUUUCUUUGUUUUUUUAUUUGGUGUAAAUACUGUUUCCUGUCGUGUCCAUGGCGCCGUCACAGCAGACUCACUUUUCUAUCUCUGUACAUACGUCUAUGUAAAAAACACAAAAUCUCUUUUUGUAUAAAAAAGAAAAAAUCAUAUUCUAUAUAUAAAUAUAAAUAUAUAUAUAUGUAAACAUUGUUUUAUCCAAUCAGAUUGGAGUUCUGAACAUAUUCUAUUUGGAGAUUUGAUGUUUUAAAGGUUUGAGCUGUUUGACAGGAAGUAAGCACACGGUCUGAGGUCGUCGGACCGCCACCUGUUUGUUUGUUUGUUUGUUUGUUAACAGAUGUUGAGGGUGGCUGGAUGAUGUCAUCGUAGUGGUGGUUGUUGUUGUUGGAGGUGAGCGGCGAGCUCCAGUUCCUCUGGCAGGACCAGUGCUGCCCUCCGCAGGCAAACAGCAGCGACUACAGAAAGGCAGGUUAUCCAAGGUCAAAGGUCACGACUCGGUAAAUAGGCUGGUCCAGUGAUGAUGCGUUUUUGUAGUCCAACAGCCUCGACUGCUGAACUACACGAAGCUGUUACAGAGACGGAGUUAAAAAUACAAACCCACCAGAUGGACGUCUCUCGGUUCAGGAGAAACGGGGUGACUCAGAGGAAGUUUGCCUUCCAUCCUGUGAAUUCAUUUCUUCAUCGUUCUUGCUGAAACAAACUUUUGAUCCACUUGUCGUUCACGGUUCACUGUUUCUGGAUCAGAGCUAACGAACCGCUCUGCGUCAGGUCCGAGAACAUUUUGAUAGUUUGUUUUUUUCCAGGAUUUAGGUGCAAAUGACAAAAACUCAGAUAUUCUCUAUGAUUAGUAAAUCACAAAUUUUCAAUAGAAUCAGAAAUACUCUAAAAUUAACUUCCUUGAAAUUCCUUGAAAAUUAUCUAAGAUUAUUAGAUCACAAAUUUACAAAAUACGUCAGAAAUUCUCUCAGAUUAAAGUCGCAAAUUUAAAAAAUAACACAAAAGUCAGAAAUUUACAGAAAAAUCAGAAAUUCUCUAAAAUGAACGUCAAAUUUUUACGAUAAAAAAAUACUGAAUAUUUUCUAAGAUUAUUACGUUGCAAAUCUUAAAAAAAUAAAUAAAAAAAUAGAAUUUCUCAAAAAUGAAAGUCACUAAUUUACCAUAAAAAAACCUAGAGUGUGCUAAUAGUAAUGAAAUCACGUCUGACCUGAAUGUUAAAGUUUGUUCAAGCUUCUGACGAGUCGACCAAAACUCCAAACCAACGACUGUAUGUAAAGAUGGCCGACAUGUCUCCACUUCCUCCUACUGUGCAAACACUGAGGCCAAAGUAUCACAGAUACGGCCGCGGCCAUCUUGUAUCAAAUUCCCGCCCAUACAGCCGCACAAUCAACGGCUGUUUGUCCCCUUAAAGCACAGCUUUAGAGACGUGACGUGUUCUCCAGCGUCACUUUUCACAAAGAAUUCCCAGUCGAGGCCGUUAGCGACUGUUCUCUGUUGGAAGCCUCAGAGCUGGACCACUCUAUUGCUCACAUCUACAGAAACUUAGCAGAGCGACAUCAGUCAGCGAACUCUGCCGACACACUCUUCAAACCUCACAAACGUCCGUCUCCCAGGAGCCUGUAGCUGCCGCUGCUACCUCUGGGUCUCAUCUGUUCAAAGCAAUACAACACUGACAGGACAGCAGUGACUGGACCGACAGCGUCCAGCCUUCAGCAGGCAGCGUCACAGCACCACAUCAUCAUGGAGCUUUUAAAGGUGCGGGUGAGCGCUGUGUGUGUGUGUGUGUGUGUGUGGGUGUGUGUGUGUGUGUGUGUGUUACCUGUCAGGUGGAUGGACAGAGGAUUGAUUGAUUGAUUGAUUGAUUUAUUGAGCUCAGUGUCGUCUUUUUGUACUGAUGUAAACACUAAGGCCAUUUUGUCUGUGAUACCAGCAGUCAGUGGACGCAGCGCGCCAGGCUGGGGGGGGGGGCGGGGGGGGGGCGGGGUUACAGCGAUGACACAAAAAUUUACCAUCAAAUGUGGGAGGAACAAAACAAACAGCUGGAGUGGGACGAACAAGUAGCAACUACCAGGAUUUUAUCAGCUGCGUUUAACUGUAUGGAACACCAACUGAGUCAAUAUUAAAUAAAUAAAUACAUGAAUAAAUUAAUGUUUAUGACAAAUAAUAUAUAUAUAAUAUAUAUAAAUAAAUGUUAAUAUAAAAAUAUAAAUAAUGGGUCAAUAAAUAAAUCAAUAAAUUCUUUUUUUUUUAAUUUCCAGAAAUAAAUUAUGUUUUUCAAAAGAAACCUUUUUUAUUUAUUACGGAGGACUUUUACCUCCUAAUGUCACAUUUAUCUCUCAGCUCUUUUAAUAACAGGUUGUGAUUCAGUUCAGUUCUGGUGCUGUUGUUUUGGUUUGAUUCUGUUGUUCAGACCGAAGUAAAUAUUUAUUUAAAUAAAUCAGAUGGAAAUAAAUGUGGAAUUAGGAAAUAAAAGUCCCUUAAAAUAAGUAAUAGUCCUUUGGCAAAUGAUAUCCUAUGUAUGUAUUUAUUUAUUUAUUUAUUGAAUUACAUUGACUCAUUUAUAUAUUUUUUGCUUCAUUAUUUAUUUAUUUCACAGCCAUGUUCAUUUAUUUAAUAGGAAUAAUUGUGCAUUUAUUUAUUUAAUUUUUAUUUAAAUUGAAUUCCAUAUUAAACAAGCACCAACGAAUUCAAUUAAAAUGAAUUAAAAUUAAAUUGUCGGUUGAAUAAUUUGGUCUUUUUUCUCUCACUGCAGCAGCAUGUAGUGGCCAUUAGAGGAACUGCAGUGUAAAAUAUACAGCUGUUAUCAUAACUCUGGUUUAUCACAACUUGGGCCCUAUUUUUCCAAAAGUCAAAAUUAGUUUUUUUAAGACAGAUGGAAUCAUUUUCAAAAUUCACAAAAUGUUUUUAUCCAAUAAAAUAUUCUUCUUUCAUUCAUAUUUAUUGGCAUUCAGCAUUAAUAAUAAUAAUAAUAAUAAUAAUAAAAAAACAUUUUCCCUGCAGUCAGAAAACUGUUUGCUGCACACAAAGGAAGGAAGCUGUGGGUUCUCUUCAUGGUUAGACAGGAAGUGGUGAGCAGAAGGGUUUUCAGUUGGUUGCAAUCUUCAACUUCACCACUAGAUGCCACUCUUCAAAAAGUCAUUGUUGUUGCCAAGACAAUUAAUUUUAAAAAAUGAUUUAAUUGGUUAAAUCACUUUAUUUAAAUUGAGUAUUUUGUCUGAAUAUUUUUAUUUCUUUAUUUUUUUGGGGGGGUGAUGACGUCUCGAAAUACGACAGACGUUCAAAGCUUUCUUUGAAAACCUUUACAAAAGCUUGUGUCCGGCCGUAGUUGCUGCUUGUUCAGUUUGGUUGGGGUUUUUUUUCGGAGACAAACUGGAGUUCAGCACGUAGAGGAGCGUCUGCACCAGCACAGUGAAAACUCUGAAACAUGAACAGUGCUGACAGUCUGAUGAUGAUGAUGAUGAUGAUGAAUGUCCUCCUCAGUCCAGAGGCUGCGCAGCAUCACUGUUGCUUCCACCCACGCACACACUGAGGUGAAACGCACACUUUGACACACACACACACACACACAGACUAUUUUGCUACAUGAGUUAAUACUGUAUAUUUCUUGAUAUGUUUGAUACUGUGGUGUAAAUGUAGUGUCCUGCUAUGACGCGGUGUCGGGGGGGGGGGGUGGGGGGGUAUUUUUGGACUCUUGGUGCGACAGAGGAGGUUCACUGUCACCUUCUCUCUCCGUCUCUUUUACCUCCGUCUCUUUUCGAGGGGGGACCUUCCUUCUCUCUGUCACCUUUCUCUCGUCCAGCUCGUGACUGAAAACUCGGAAAACGCCGUUUUGGUUGGAACUGAUCACAAGCACAUUCCUGACUCUUCUCUGUCCGUGCUGUCGUUUUCUCCAGAUUCUUUCCUGUUGCGACGAAACAACAUGUGUCUAGAUCUUGCAGACUCACAUGUAUAUAAAGUGCAUAUAUGUGUACACAUGUGCAAUACACGCUAUUCGAGCAAUCUAUUACUGUGACUAUUAUUGAUGAUGAUACUUCAGCCUGUUUUUUCUUCUCGUCCUGAUUUCCUGUUGAUGAAUUGUGUUGCAGGAGCUUAAAAAGGGAAGAAGGUGACUCUUGUGAUUCUUCACACUCAAUUUAAUUUCAGGGGUUUGUGGACAUUUUAAUGAAGCCCUUUUUUUUUUUAUUACUCUCACUGUAAUGUUGUGACGUUGAUCCUGAUUAUCUGUUUCUUUGUUUUUUUUUUAAGUGGGCCUGUUGUUAAACUUGUCUGGAAACUCAAUAAAGCAAUUCACUGAC